CACCCUUCAUUUCUUCAUAACCCUACUUUCUUCUAACUUUCUAUACCAUUCUAUUCUCUCUUUUAUUUAUUUUUUUCUUCACAAUAUUUCUUGUUAGAAAUAAAUGGAGAAAAGUGGAAUACCAAAAAGACCUAGAGAAGCCCAAAUAGAAAAAGAUUUGGAUUUUGAAGAAUCCUCAAAGAGACACAAACCCUACAACCAUAUACUCUCACUUCUUGAUUUAGAGGAAGAGGAAUCCACCACACAAGACCUCUCUCCUAUGAUGACAACUCUCCAACAAGAAAUAACUUGUUCCUCCAACAAUUACCAAGAUACCCUUUUGAUAUCACAAAAUGACCAAAAUAACCUCACUUCUUUUGGUUGCAAUACUUUAGAAGACGAUUCUGCCCUUUCUUGUUUUUCUAGCACUUCUUCUCAACAUGUUUUGAAAGAAGAGGAGGAAGAUGAUGAGAAAUUAAAAGUGAUGAGACAUCUUCUUCAAGCCUCUGAUGAUGAACUUGGAAUUCCAAGCAGUAGUGGAGAUUAUUAUGGGCUAGUUGGAUUUGGAGGUGAAGAGUAUGGAUUUAACGGUGGAGAUGAAUUUUCUUCUUCUUUAUGUGAUAAGUUAUGGGAACUUGAAGAUGAAAGAGCUAAUUAUUAUGAUUUGUUACAGUCUGAACUCUUUCUUUGGGGAAAUUAAGAAAUGAAAAUUGUCAUAAGAUUAAAUUUAGAAAUAAAAACUGUCAUAAGAUAAAAUUUAGAAAUGAAAAUUGUUAUAUUAUCAGUAAAAAAAGAAAAAUCAUGAAGACAAUUAUUUUGUUGCUUCUUUAAUUUUUUCUUUAUGAUGUCUUCUUUUGUAAAGAAGGAGCUCGAGAUGUACUUCUUUGUUGAUGCUGGAUUAAAGGAGUAGGUACAAGAAUAUUAACUCUAACUUAAUUUGAGACUAAAAUUUAUUUUAUAAAAUAAGAUUGAAUAUUUCCUCU